CGCGAUACACGGGGGAAGCUCGUCCGGAGGCACGACCAGUCGUCGCUCGGCCGUGGCGGGUGUAUUUCACCAUCGGUCUCGCAUCCGCGUUUGUGUUACAUCGAGGAGGAGAUCAGCCCCGACGUCACUCGUCUCAUCAGGACCGACUUUGAAGGAGGAAGCGCGUAUACAGGGUCCUCUCAGGAACUCGUCAAUAGCUCUUUGCCAGUGGAUUUCGAUCAGUGGACACUUCAAGAGCAAUAUGACCAUCUUAUAAACAAUAUUAACAAAUAUUUCCCAAACAUACCCGAAUCUCUAAGAUUCGUUUUGCCAGCGAUCUUUAAAGAUGGGGAUUGCGGCCGACCGGCGAACGAAAGGCCAGAUUGGUUAGAUAUGGACAAAUUUUAUCGUGGACAACAAUUCGCCCUACGUUAUUUGACCGGCGUCGCCCUAAGCGGCCUGAUGAGUCUACUAAUGAUAUUCAACUUUGCUGACGGACUGAAGCCGCUAAUCCUCAGCCAGAAAUCCAAUACGCCGUAUCGCGCCUUCAAACGUUACUUGUCAACAAAUAGACGUUUCAUGAACUGGUACAUAAGCGAUCCUUGGCGCGAAGGAACGCAGGCCUAUCGCGAUAUCCAGAUGGUACGAAAACUGCAUCGUAACAUGAGAGAGAAAUUGUGCAAGAUAAGCGACGAUCAGAUCGAUCGGGAGAGCGAAAUUACUCAACUAAUGUGCCCGGCGUUUAAAACAAUCGCGAGGGACUUUGAAGAAACGUGUCCGACAGGGAAGAGCUGGCAAUGUCCGUAUACGAUGUUGAGGAUGAAGGGUCUGAAUCAAGGUGACAUGUCAGGCACGCAGUUCGCCCUCAUGGGCCUGAUAGUGCUCUAUCCUGAACAAUUCGGAGUGCACAACGCCAGCGAAGAAGACCUCGAAGCGUUCUGUCAUCUUUGGCGCGGACUGGGCUACUUGCUGGGCAUCGAGGAUCAGUACAACUUCUGUCGUGGCAGUCUGCAGGACGUACGCCGACGUGCCGAAGACUUCAUCGAGUAUUGGGUAAAGCCAAAUUUUCCCACAGUGACGGCAAAAUGGGAGCACAUGUCCAUCUGCGUCUUCGAGGGAAUCGGCUUCAUUGCUCUCUUCAAAAGUUAUAAAGCUUUUUUGCUUUAUUUGUGCAACGUACUCAAGCUCGACAUGCCUGGCCUGUAUAAAUCUCUUAGUUGGUCGGAGACAAUAAUGUACUGGGCGUUGAAAUGUCUAUUCUUCUUGCUAAAAUUUCCUGAUGUUUCUCGCAUUAUGAACGCGAUAUUUCAUAAGGAUCUGAAUCGAGCGACAGAGUUCGGAACUGAGAAACUUGCCACACUUGAAAAGAAAUCAUCCAAGAUCAUCCAGGAAUUUGUCGUUGCGCUUUAAAUCGUUUAAUUGAAGAUUUAAAUUUGCACAAGAUUCUACUUAUUAAGUUUUCAUGUCUUUCUAUCAUAUAGAUAUUGUGAUCGAACGAAUCGUAUUUUUUUAUUAGAAGAGAUAUCUCAGUACUGUUAAAUUUAAAGUUAUGCGUUUCUUACUUAUUUAUUACGACGAUAAUAUCAACGACUAUAAUAUUUAGAUUU